ACUGUGGAAAUGAUCUUCGGCAGACAGAGCCUGUGUCACCGAGCAUACGUGAGCAGCCCGGCCGCCUGAAGCACACGGGAGUGCCAGGAAAGACAUUGGAAAGCUGUGUGCUGAAAUUCGGGAGGAAAAGGAAAAAAAAAAUGUGUAUGAGGGGGAAGGGCACAAUCCGAUCUGCCUGAUAGCGGUGCUGUAUACUGGGAAGCCGGCUCAUCUAUUAUAGGGCGAUCGCAGCUAGAAAACAAGACAGAAAGGCACGAUCGAAGCAGGCACGGCUGCCAAGGAGUGUGCUGAUUCGUCUUGCCAUGGAUGUCACCAUGUUGUUUGGUGCAUGGUUCUGAGAGGAGGCGGAGUUGGAGCAGGCGAGUGACAGCAGAUCGGGUGUUAGGUGUCCACGGGCAUUGGCGGUACCCACCCACUCCGGGGUGCCAUCAGAUCAGCUGGGGGCACUUCAGUGCCUUGCUCCCUGCACGCGCACCCCUCCCCCCUUAUUUCUUCUCCCCGUAUACACUGCACCCCGGCUUACUGAAGCGCGACCCCCCCUUUUUUCUUCUUCUUGUUUUGCAAAGGAAGGUUUGCAGCAGCAGCGGCGGCGGGUCUGUCUCUUUCCACCAGUCGGGAGACAUGACUCUGGAGUCCAUCAUGGCGUGUUGCCUCAGCGAGGAGGCCAAGGAAGCCAGGAGGAUCAACGAUGAGAUCGAGAGGCAGCUUCGCCGAGACAAGAGGGACGCCCGGCGGGAGCUCAAGCUGCUGCUCCUUGGCACAGGAGAAAGUGGAAAAAGCACAUUUAUAAAGCAAAUGCGAAUUAUCCAUGGAUCUGGAUACUCUGAUGAAGACAAAAGGGGUUUCACUAAACUUGUGUACCAGAACAUAUUCACUGCAAUGCAAGCUAUGAUCCGGGCCAUGGAUACCCUUAAAAUCCCAUACAAGUAUGAACACAACAAGGGCCAUGCACUGUUAAUCAGAGAAGUUGAUAUAGAGAAGGUGGCCAUGUUUGAGAAUCCCUAUGUAGAUGCAAUAAAAUAUCUGUGGAAUGACCCUGGGAUACAAGAAUGCUAUGACAGGCGACGGGAAUAUCAGCUGUCUGACUCAACUAAGUACUACCUUAAUGACCUGGACCGUAUUGCACAGAAAGGAUAUCUACCUACCCAACAAGAUGUGCUCAGAGUCAGAGUGCCCACAACAGGAAUUAUUGAAUAUCCAUUCGACUUGCAAAGUGUGAUCUUCAGAAUGGUCGAUGUAGGAGGCCAGCGAUCAGAGAGGAGGAAAUGGAUACACUGCUUUGAAAAUGUCACUUCCAUAAUGUUCCUUGUAGCACUUAGCGAAUAUGAUCAGGUCCUUGUGGAGUCCGACAAUGAGAACCGGAUGGAAGAAAGUAAAGCACUAUUUAGGACGAUUAUCACAUAUCCCUGGUUUCAGAACUCCUCAGUCAUCCUCUUUCUAAACAAGAAAGAUCUCCUGGAGGAGAAAAUAAUGUACUCUCAUCUAGUUGAUUACUUCCCUGAAUAUGAUGGACCCCAGCGAGAUGCACAAGCAGCAAGAGAAUUCAUCUUAAAGAUGUUCGUAGAUCUGAAUCCAGACAGUGACAAAAUAAUCUACUCUCAUUUCACCUGCGCCACAGAUACAGAGAACAUUCGCUUCGUCUUUGCUGCUGUCAAGGAUACUAUCUUACAGCUGAAUCUGAAGGAAUACAACUUGGUCUAACUGUGCCUGCUAGUUUUCCCAUUCCCCCUUUGGGCCAUUGAAGAAAUUCAAGAAGGACUGUAUUAUCUAAAAGAAACAAUUUGCAUAAUACUAAUUUAUUGCCGUCCUGAACUCUGUGACUGUCCACAGGGUUUGUAGUAAUUAUUAUUAUGAUUUUAUUUAAACUAUGUGGAGGAAUAACAGCUGCAGUAACCACGCAGCACCAUUUUGUAGGAGAAAACGACUUGCGUUUUGAGUUGUAAGUCGUGCACUCACAAGGGCCGGUUUCGUUUUUAUUGCUCCUUUUUUUGUUCCCCCUCAUGGAGAAAGAGCAAGGUGCUUUCAGUUCUGCAUGAUGCUCUGAGGCUCCUUCUUUCUCUUUUAAUCCUUUUUCAAGUUAAGGUCUCCCCUACAAUAAUCCCUUUCUGAGCCGCUUACAUUAGUAAACAAUUAGGCAUAACUUUUUUAUUUGAUUUCAUUUUUUUUAUCUUUUAUUUUUAAAUUCAAGCCAUCCUCUUUGCUAAUUUAUAUACUUUUUUGAAGGAUAAAAGUAUUGAUACUGUGAUUUUUAAAUUAUUGACAUGUAUAAAGUAGAUAUGGUUUUUGGUACUGUCUUUUGUCACUUCAAGAAAAAUGGAAAGAACUCAUAUGAAGCAGUAGGUACAUGAGUUCAGUCAUUAGCCAUCUACACAUUAUGAGGACAGACGAGAUCGCAGACACGUGAUUGAAAUGUCUGUGCAAGAUUACCAAGACUAACAA